UCACAAGUAAAAUAUUAACUUCUCAAAAGUUGUAAUAAAAUAAAGGCGGGACCCAGUAUCUAUAUAUUUCCACAGCCUUAACACGUCUUCAACACGAGUGUCGUUUGACUUCGGUUUUGAAUCGAGGUAAGACUCGUCAGAGCCAAAAUGGCGGCUGGUGCAGCUUUGCGAGCUGCAAAACAAACUCUGAGAAAAGAAAUAAAGCAGCGAGUCGCAGCGCUGAGUGACGAGGAGAAAACACGACAGUCCAUGGUCGUUUCACGCAAGUUGUUCCAACAUCCCAAGUAUGUGUCCAGUCAGAGGGUUGCAGUGUUUCUCAGCAUGAAUGAUGAAGUUCAUACAGGGGAGAUCAUUAAAGACAUGUUCAAAAGAGGCAAAAGCUGCUUCAUCCCAAGGUACGAGCGCAGCAACAGCCAUAUGGACAUGCUGCAGCUCAGCAGUGUCCAGGACAUGGAGUCGCUGCCCUUGACCUCCUGGAACAUCCGACAACCUGCCGAUGAUGACCAGAGCCGAGAGGAGGCUCUGGCUGCAGGAGGUCUGGACUUGAUCCUAAUGCCGGGACUGGGCUUUGACAAAGCAGGGAAUCGUUUGGGUCGAGGGAGGGGCUAUUACGACACUUAUUUGGAGCGCUGUAUCAGACACCCCAAAGGAAAGCCCUACACCAUUGCUCUGUCCUUUAAAGAGCAGCUGUGUCAGGAAAUUCCCACCGAUGACAACGAUGUGCUCAUCGAUGAAGUCCUGUAUGAAGGUGACCUGUGACCGAUGACCACAAUGGAUGGAUUUGUCUCUUGGCUAGCAAUGUGUCCUUUUUGGAAUUAUUCUGAUUCUUGUGUAACAAAAAACAGCCACAACUGCGAUGACUAUUGUACAUUACAUAUUCAUAUGUGCCAUCAUGUGACUACAGAACAUCACAGCCAGGUUUCAAGUUUGUACUGUGUCAGUUGUAACUUCCACUGUAAAGUGAAUGAACUGUGAAAUAACUUACAACAAAUGAACUACAGCAUGAAACAUGCUUGUAAAGAUGCUCAGAAGGAAACAAAACAAGAAGAUUGGAAAUUAGUGGGGAGACUAUAAUAAAUUUGCACUAAAACUAGUAAAAACUUGAACUGUUUUUAUGAAGCUAUCUGAAAAGAAAAAAUAGACUUGAAUUAUUUUCACUUUUUUUCCAUCAUUGCAUUUUAAGCAUGUUGAGCAACUGAAAGAAAACACUACGUAUGAAGGAGAAUUAAGCAUGAAAAGUUAAGGCUAAACUAAAAAAAAAAAUCUUAAGAAUAAUUGACAAUAAAUCUCAACGUGAAAUUAAUUUAACUUCAAUGCUAAGGAUGUAACAAUGCAUUUAUUAAAUAUUGAUACAAAUGCAUGAACAUUUGCAUCGGUUGAAAUAAAACAUGAAU